UGGCCGGGAAGAGGAAGAUGUCUGUGCUCAGGUGGAUGAUGCGGGUGUCCAAUCGCUCCCUCCUCGCCUUCAUCUUCUUCUUCUCCCUCUCCUCGUCUUGUCUGUACUUCAUCUAUGUGGCUCCGGGCAUCGCCAACACGUAUCUCUUUAUGGUACAAGCGCGAGGUAUAAUGCUGAGAGAAAAUGUGAAAACAAUAGGACAUAUGAUCAGGCUGUACACAAAUAAAAACGCUACAUUCAACGGUACAGAUUAUCCUGAAGGCAAUAAUUCAAGUGAUUAUCUUGUUCAAACAACAACGUAUCUUCCAGAAAACUUCACAUAUUCACCAUACCUCCCCUGCCCAGAAAAACUGCCUUACAUGCGGGGAUUCCUCAGUGUCAAUGUAAGCGAAGUCAGUUUUGAUGAAAUUCAUCAACUGUUCGCCAAGGAUGUAGAUAUUGAACCAGGAGGUCACUGGAGGCCUAAAGACUGUAAACCCAGAUGGAAGGUGGCAGUUCUCAUCCCUUUCCGUAAUCGCCAUGAACAUCUUCCGAUUUUUUUCCUGCACCUGAUUCCAAUGCUUCAGAAACAGCGGCUGGAAUUUGCCUUUUAUGUCAUUGAACAGACUGGCACACAACCUUUUAACCGUGCGAUGCUCUUCAAUGUGGGCUUCAAAGAGGCCAUGAAAGACAGCCCCUGGGACUGCGUGAUUUUCCACGAUGUGGAUCAUCUACCUGAAAAUGACCGAAACUAUUAUGGAUGUGGAGAAAUGCCACGUCAUUUUGCAGCAAAGCUGGAUAAAUACAUGUAUAUUCUUCCAUACAAAGAGUUUUUUGGUGGUGUAAGUGGACUGACGGUGGAACAGUUCAGGAGGAUCAAUGGUUUUCCUAAUGCCUUCUGGGGAUGGGGAGGAGAAGAUGAUGAUCUUUGGAAUAGAGUUCACUAUGCUGGAUAUAAUGUAACAAGACCAGAGGGAGACGUAGGGAAAUACAAGUCGAUUCCUCAUCAUCAUCGUGGUGAAGUCCAGUUUUUAGGACGGUAUAAAUUGCUAAGGUAUUCAAAAGAGCGUCAGUACAUCGAUGGGUUGAACAAUUUAGUAUAUACGCCAAAAAUACUGGUCGAUAGGUUGUUUACAAAUAUAUCUGUAAACCUCAUGCCAGAGUUAGCUCCGAUCGAAGACUAUUAAAAGAAGCAGCUCUCUUGGCAAGAUAGACCACAGUCCUGGGUUAUAAACUUGGAGUUCACUCUUAAUGGAGGCAAAUGAAUGGAUGUGUCACGGUGCCCCGUUCUCUGAGAAGAGCCAGCAGUUCUUAAUGUUUACAGUGUGGGACAGUACCCAGUCAGCCUUCUUCCACCCACCCUGUCUACUUGGAGACACACCCUCCUAGCGAGCACUGCAGAAGCCAGGUGCCAUUGCUUGAGUUGGAAGUAAAGAGAGCUCCCUACAAAGAGAACAUUUUUAUACUAAAAACUAUAAUUUACUUCAAGAGAAUGCUUUGUUUCCAUUUAAACAUAUUUUGUACAUAUGUGAUGUAAAUUACUGUGUUCAAAUUGUUGAAAACUAAAAUGUGUUGCAGUUUUGCAUGUGAUUGGUUAUGCCUUUAUUUAACUUUUAUAGACAUUUUUUAUUUGCAUGAGAAAAAGAAUAUAAAUUUAAGUCAGUCACUAAACAAAGGUUAACCCCUGUGUGAAAUGAAGGAACUGUCAAUAAUUGACAGCCAACUAAUACAGUAAACUGUUAUACUAGUUUUGAGCUAUUAACCUUCAGCCUUUUAUAUAGAAGUCACAGCUUUCUCAGAAUUUUAAAGGAUAAGAAGAAAGGAUUUAAGCAGCUUUUCUUCCUACCAGGAUUGCCUAUUUUUUCCUUGCUUGCAAUCUCAUCAGAUUUUGCUAAAUCAUAACCAUAUUGUUUAUGCAUAUUGCAUGAGUAUUACCAAGAAAACCUUAAAAGUUGUGAUGUGACAUGAUAUAAAGGACCUCUUUAUGUUAAAUGUCUUUCAUGUACCUCUGGUAUAAGUGUCAGGGAUUUUGUGCCUCAAAAAUUGUUCCCAAGGUUGUAUUUGUACACUGUAUUUUUUUUUUUUUAAUUCAUAGUGAAUGGCACUUUUAUUACUUCCAGUUCAAAUGAGCCAAAAAAA